CAGAUGCCCCGACCUUGGCUUCCUUUGCUUGGUGAGAUUGAGAGGCCGAGCCCCCAACAGGCCCCUGGCUUCCCCCUUCUCCUGAGCAAGGGACAGAGAGGCCCAGGCCCAGGCCCAGGGCCAAGGGUCUGACUUCCUCUUGUCCCGGAAUGAGCAUGCCUACCCCUUUACAGGCAGGUUUGGGUCUCUCACGCAGAGGAAACCAAAAGCAGAGGGAGGGAAGGCAGAGCGGCCAAUCAGGGGCAGGGUGAGGCUCAAAACCCAGCAGGCUCCCCAGGGAACCCCACCGAGGUCGAGCCAUGGCGGAGCUGCAGCAACUGCAGCAGCUGCAGGAGUUUGAUAUCCCCACGGGCCGGGAGGCACUGCGGGGCAACCACAGCGCCCUGCUACGGGUGGCCAACUACUGCGAGGAUAACUACUUGCAGGCCACAGACAAGCGGAAGGCGCUAGAAGAGACGAUGGCUUUCACCACCCAGGCCCUAGCCAGUGUGGCCUACCAAGUGGGUAACCUGGCCGGGCAUACUCUUCGAAUGCUGGAUCUACAGGGUGCUGCCCUGCGGCAGGUGGAAGCCAAGAUGAGCACACUGGGCCAGAUGGUAAACAUGCAUAUGGAGAAGGUAGCCAGAAGGGAGAUCGGCACUUUAGCCACUGUCCUGAGGCUGCCCCCUAGCCAGAAGGUCAUCCCUCCUGAGAACCUGCCUCCCCUCACUCCCUACUACAGAAAACCCCUCAACUUCGCCUGCUUGGAUGACAUUGGCCACGGAGUGAAGGACUUGAGCACGCAGCUGUCACGGACUGGGACCCUGUCUCGCAAGAGCAUAAAGGCGCCUGCUACACCUGUUUCCGCCACGCUGGGGAGACCACCCCGGAUCCCUGAGCCGGUGCAGCUCCCGGCCGUGCCAGACGGCAAGCUCUCCGCUGCCUCCUCUGCCUCUUCCUUGGCCUCGGCAGGCAGUGCGGAAGGUGCCAGUGGGAUCCCCCAGUCCAAGGGACAGGUAGCGCCUGCCACCCCGCCUCCGCCUCCUCCACCUGUAACGCCUGUAACCCCACCUCCUCCACCAUUGACUGCUGAGGUCUUCUUGCCACCCCCUCCGCUGGAGGUGUCCCAGCCCCCUCCGGAAGCAGAGUUGCCCCUGCCUCCUCCCCCAGCUCUAGAGGGGGAUGAACUGGGGCUGCUGCCUCCGCCCCCACCAGGUUUUGGACCAGAUGAGCCCAGCUGGGUCCCUGCUAGCUACUUGGAGAAAGUGGUGACACUGUACCCAUACACCCGGCAGAAGGACAACGAGCUCUCCUUCUCUGAAGGCACCAUCAUCUGUGUCACUCGCCGCUACUCGGAUGGCUGGUGUGAGGGUGUCAGCUCAGAGGGCACUGGAUUCUUUCCAGGGAACUAUGUGGAGCCCAGCUGCUGACAGCCCAGGAUCUGUCCCUGCACCAACCCUGCACUGCCUCAGUGGGCCUCUCCAGCCCCAAGAAGCCAUCUUCCACAGUCAAAGCUGGACUAAGGACCUGUCUACCUCUUGGGCUGUGAACUGUGUUCAGUCCCUGCUCCAUACAGCAGUGGGAAGAGAGUGGGCUAGAGGGGGGUGGUACUCUGGGGGGGGGGAUUGCUGCAGAUGGCAUGAACAAAACAAAAAACCUAGAAGGCAAGGGGUUUAAGCACCUUGCCCAGAGGACCCCAAGCUCAUGCUCUGAAGAUCACCAGCUUUGAAUAAAACUGUUGACCUCC